UCUUCAAAUUUAGCCAUUGGAGGAAAAGAGGAAAUUGCCUUAUCCACUGUUAUUGGUCACAGCUAAAACCAGUUCAAUCUCUUAAAAAAAUAGCAAAAAUCAGAUUCCCAUGGCUUUCUCUUCAGCUUUUUCACACACCACCUUCACAUAUUCUUCAUCUUUCUCACAUACAAGAAAAAUAAUUAAUACCCCAUUUAGAUUACCUUUAAUUAUUAAAGCAGAAAAUCCCUCUGAACCAAUAGACAAUGAAAAACCUGCAAAGCCAAAAUCCAAAGAAGAAACUUCCUCUACAGCCACUGCAACAAAGCCUAAAAAACCUGUCUAUUCUAUGAAGAAAGGUCAGAUAGUCAGGGUGGAUAAGGAGAAAUAUCUUAAUAGCAUCAAUUAUUUGUCAGUGGAUCAUCCACCUUAUUACAAAGGCCUGGACUAUAUAUACGAAGACCGUGGUGAGGUAUUGGAUUUGCGCAUAUUCGAGACAGGAGAAUAUGCACUUAUUGGAUGGAUUGGAAUACCAACUGCACCAGCUUGGCUUCCAACAGAGAUGCUAAUAAAGUCUGAUAAGCUGGAUUACGAGAGAAUAUAGUAGAUGGUCCACAUUUCGAACCACUCACAUGUCAGACACGAAUAUAUCAGAGGCUUACCAGAUUGCCCUGUGCUAAUUGAAGAUGAAGAGAAAUGGGAUGGACACACGUCCAUAACUUACUUCACUUCUUUUAAAACUUGUAUCUCAUUUAGUUAUAUAGAAAUAUUAAAUGAGAAAAAAAGAGAGCUGAUAUCUAAGGAACCUUUUCUCUUUCAGUGAGCAAGAGUCAAAGAAAACCAGACAAACAGGCUUGCUUGAGAAACCCAUCAAAAAACAAUUUUCUUGGGGUCUUUAGUUUCAGUAGAAAAUAUAAUUCUUUGCAUCUUAUUUCUA